AAAUCAGAAGCCACUUUCUUUUCUUGUCAGCGUGGAAAACAUAAAAUUCACCCUGUAUUUGUGUACCCUCUCCUCAAUCUUCAAAAUUCCAAUUAACCUAGCCCACCAUGAGAACCGACAUAGAUAACUUCUCGAUCUUUGCUUUGGCCUCCAAAUGCAGAGCCUUUACACAAGAAAAUAUUGCAUGGUCACUUUUUAUCAUUGGUUUAGCCUGGAUAGUUGUUACCCUGAUUUACUGGGCAUACCCUGGUGGUCCAGCUUGGGGAAAAUAUAAACUAAAAAAUACUUCCUUCACAAUUUCUAAUCCAAUUCCAGGUCCCAGGGGAUUCCCCAUUACCGGCAGCAUGAAGCUUAUGACCUCCUUAGCACAUCACAAGAUUGCAGCUGCUGCAGAUGCAUGCAAAGCCAGGAGGCUCAUGGCGUUUAGCCUUGGUGAUACUCGUGUUAUCGUGACAUGCAAUCCUGAUGUCGCUAAAGAAAUAUUGAACAGCUCGGUGUUUGCAGAUCGUCCAGUUAAAGAAUCUGCUUAUAGCCUAAUGUUCAAUAGAGCAAUCGGGUUCGCUCCUUAUGGUGUCUACUGGCGAACCCUUAGAAAAAUAGCCUCUACACACCUUUUCUGCCCCAAGCAAAUCAAAGCUGCCGAGUCUCAAAGGCUCCAAAUUGCUUCUCAAAUGGUGUCAACGUUCAAUGACCGAGAAAAGAGCAGUUUCAGCGUUCGUGGGGUCCUUAAAAGAGCUUCACUUAACAACAUGAUGUGUUCAGUUUUUGGACGCGAAUAUAAAUUGGAUUCAUUUAAUAAUGAAGUUGAAGAACUAAGAGCUCUAGUUGAAGAGGGGUACGAUUUAUUGGGUACACUUAACUGGAGUGACCACCUUCCUUGGCUGGCAGAUUUUGACCCUCAAAAAAUCCGGUUCAGAUGCUCAAAUCUCGUGCCAAAAGUGAACCGGUUUGUCAGCCGAAUUAUAGCUGAACACAGAGCUCUAACCAGAAGUGAAAACCCAGAUUUCGUUGAUGUUUUGUUGUCUCUCCAAGGCCAUGAUAAAUUAUCGGACUCCGAUAUGAUUGCCGUCCUUUGGGAAAUGAUUUUCAGAGGGACUGAUACAGUGGCGGUUUUGAUUGAGUGGAUUCUAGCGAGAAUGGUGCUUCAUCCUGAUGUUCAAUCAAAGGUCCACGAUGAGCUUUACAAAGUUGUUGGAAGAUCAAGGGCCGUUGCUGAAUCUGAUAUCACGGCCAUGGUGUAUCUCCAGGCAGUGGUGAAGGAAGUGUUGAGGCUACACCCACCUGGCCCACUUCUCUCGUGGGCCAGGCUAGCCAUCACCGAUACAACCAUUGAUGGGUAUCACGUGCCGAAAGGGACCACGGCAAUGGUUAACAUGUGGGCCAUUUCAAGGGACCCAGAGUUUUGGGAGGACCCACUUGAAUUUAUGCCCGAGAGAUUCGUCGUGACUAGGGAGGAUGUGUUGGAGUUUUCUGUUCUCGGCUCGGAUCUUAGGCUUGCUCCGUUUGGUUCCGGUAGGCGGACUUGCCCUGGAAAGACACUGGGCAUAACCACGGUGACCUUUUGGGUUGCAUCACUUUUACACGAGUAUGAAUGGGUGCCGGGAGAUGAAAACAACGUUGACCUAUCAGAAGUACUGCGACUUUCCUGUGAGAUGGCGAAUCCAUUGACCGUUAAAGUGCGGCCCAGGCGUUCCUCCCACAAGCCCUCUGUACAGAGAACUACGUCCUAGAUGUCUAGUGUGGAUCUUAAAAAAAGGAAGAAACAAGUACGUACUUGGUGACGGGGUUUACAAAUCUUAACCCUUGAUCCACCAUAUGAUCAUGUUAUCUUUAGCCUGUCUCUUGGGGCCUGGGGGUCGGUUUUUAAAUUUGACAGUCGAGUAUCAAAUAUUGUGUCUCUUAUAUAUAUAUAUAUAUACAUAUAUCGUGACAUGUUUCAACUGGUGUAAAUACGAGUGAAAAUGAAAAAGGAGUUCCGAGUUU